AUGGCGACUGCCGUCAUGCGUCGAGGACCGGACGAUCCCUUCGACAUUUAUGAAGACACUUGCACAGAAGAGACGGAAGUGAUGGCUGAAGAAGAGGUUGACCAUCUGGAAAAUGAUGCCGGCAUAGACGAAACAGACGAACUAAUGGACCAAGCAGAAGAGGAGGAGGAAGUAGACGCAGAAGACCAAGACGAGGAAGAAAUUUCGGAUGACGAGCGCGUUGGCAACAGCGUCCGGGCCGACAUGGACAAGUUGGGGCAUGAUUUCCCUGGAUUCCGUGGAAAGUAUCGCCUCAUCAAGAGGAUUGGAGAAGGAACCUUCUCUACAGUCUACAAGGCGGAGGAUUGCCAGUACGACAGAUACGACAAUAGCUGGGAUUUUGGCGACGAUUCAUCAAAAUGGACGCCUCCUCCUCUCAAGAGACAUGCAAGCCAUAGCUCGUCGGGACGCUCCCACAGAUGGAAACCGCGAUACGUCGCCGUCAAGAAGAUUUACGUCACCUCAAGUCCUGCAAGAAUUCUCAACGAGCUCGAACUACUACAUGAUCUGCGCCAAUGUCCAUCCGUCUGCCCCCUCAUCACCGCUUUCCGGAACACUGACCAGGUAGUUGCCAUCCUGCCUUACUUCAGACAUGGUGAUUUCAGGGAGUAUUUUAGAGACAUGACAAUCCCGGAUAUUGCCAUCUAUCUCCGGUCUCUCUUUACCGCCUUGAAAAGUGUGCACGAGCACAAAAUCUUGCACCGCGACAUCAAACCAACAAACUUCCUGUACGACCCAGCUACCCAACACGGCGUCCUGGUUGACUUUGGCUUGGCGGAACGUGAAGGUUCUGAUUCCAAGCCCUGCCUCUGCCACGAGUAUCGCGAGGUGCGUAAGCACCGCCAGGUAAACUCUGUUUGGGCACAGACGGCGACCAGUGCUCAACCAGGCUAUCCCAAAUCCGAUACACGAUUAUCAAGACGAGCCAACCGCGCCGGAACGCGAGGUUUCCGUGCUCCAGAGGUGCUGUUCAAAUGCACCGAGCAGACCACGGCCAUUGAUAUCUGGUCGGCCGGCGUGAUUCUCCUCACCAUCUUGUCAAAGCGAUUUCCCUUCUUCAACUCGGCAGAUGACUUGGAAGCCAUGAUUGAGAUUGCGACUAUUUUCGGCAGCAAACGCAUGAAAGCCGCAGGCUUACUGCACGGGUGUGUUUUUGAAACCAACAUCCCAACAAUUGGCCAGCAAGGCUUCACUAUGGAAAAGAUUAUUCUGUGGAGUACCUGUCGGACGGAUGACAAGCCACUGACAAGCGACGAGAAGCUGGCCGUGAGGUUUUUGGAAAGAUGUAUGGAGUUGGACCCCUCCAGGAGACUCACGGCAGAGGAGGCAUUACAGCAUCCUCUUCUACACAUUGAUCAGCCUGCGGGCCAACCGCUCGGUGAUGAGGAUGAGGUUGAUAUACUGGCAGCGUGA